UAUAUAAGAAGUUGAAGGAAUCUGGAGUUUGAUCCCAUGGUCAUAGGGGAAGAUUUUAGACACCCGGAUGACAAUAUUACAAAUGUCUGAAUGGUGAGAGUUUUAGCGUGCUAUGAAACUGUAGCUCUACUAUCAGGAAGAAAAACUCGUUCUUGUAGGAAAUACACUUGAACCUUUAACCCCAUGGCAAGUACAGAGAUUCCAGAUGUCUCCCCUACACCUGCAAAAGGGAUCUCAAACGGACGACUGUCUGCAGCUGAUUUAGCGGUGCUUAUAGUGUAUUUAAUAUUGAUCCUGGCUGUAGGACUAUGGUCUAUGUGGAAAACCAAGAGAAGCACAGUGAAUGGAUAUUUCCUAGCAGGCAAAAACAUGUCCUGGUGGCCGGUAGGAGCAUCUCUGUUUGCUAGUAAUGUGGGCAGUGGUCACUUCAUUGGUCUGGCAGGAUCAGCAGCUGCAACAGGCAUCGGGCCCACAGCAUAUGAGUGGAAUGGUAUGCUGAUGGUUCUGCUAUUAGGCUGGCUUUUCCUUCCCAUCUACAUAGCUUCUGGGGUGACAACUAUGCCGGAGUAUCUUCAAAAGAGAUUUGGUGGCAAAAGAAUACAGAUCUUUCUUUCUAUUUUGUAUUUAUUUAUUUACAUCUUCACAAAAAUAUCGGUGGAUAUGUAUGCUGGGGCUGUGUUCAUUCAGCAGGCUCUGGGUUGGAAUAUUUAUCUUGCUGUCAUUCUUCUCCUGGCCAUUACUGCACUUUAUACAGUAGCAGAAUGUGUUUUAGGUGGUCUUGCAGCCGUCAUUUACACUGAUGCAGCUCAAACUGUCAUCAUGCUGAUCGGGGCCCUGACGCUAAUGGGAUUCAGUUUUGUGGAGGUCGGGGGCUGGCAAGCCAUUUUUGAUGGCUACAGCAAGGCCAUUCCAUCUAUUAGAGUCCCAAAUAGCACUUGUGGUAUUCCUAGUGAGGACGCCUUCCACGUUUUUCAGGAUCCAGUGACCUCGGAAUUUCCUUGGCCAGGGGUGGUUCUGGGAAUGUCAAUGCCGUCUAUAUGGUACUGGUGUUCAGAUCAGGUUAUAGUGCAGCGCUCGUUGGCUGCUAAAAACCUGCUGCAUGCUAAAGGAGGCUCUUUACUGGCUUCCUACCUCAAGGUCCUGCCAUUUUUCAUGAUGGUGCUGCCAGGAAUGAUCAGCAGAAUCCUCUUUCCAGAUGAGGUUGGCUGUGCAGACCCUGAAGUGUGUAAAGAGAUUUGUGGGAAUCCGUUGGGCUGUUCAGAUAUCGCCUAUGCCAAACUGGUCAUGGAACUCCUCCCUUCAGGUCUGCGGGGUCUGAUGAUGGCUGUAAUGAUAGCUGCUCUCAUGUCUUCCCUGACCUCCAUCUUUAACAGCUCCAGCACUCUGUUUACCAUGGACUUAUGGAGAUAUUUCCGCCGUGGUGCCCCUGAGUGGGAGCUUAUGAUUGUAGGCAGAGUGUUUGUCCUGGUCCUGGUGGUGGUGUCUGUGCUAUGGAUCCCCCUGGUUCAGUCCAGUCAAGGUGGCCAGCUCUUUAUCUACUUACAGUCUAUCAGCACUUACCUGCAGCCGCCUAUCUCUGUAGUGUUUAUGGCAGGAUGCUUCUGGAGAAGGACAAAUGAGAAGGGGGCUUUCUGGGGCUUGGUGCUGGGGCUGCUGGUUGGAAUUGUGAGGAUGAUUCUGGAUUUCAUCUACCCAGUACCACAGUGCUACGAGACAGACACCAGGCCUGAUAUUAUUAAGUACGUGCACUAUCUGUAUUUCUCCAUCAUCCUCUCGCUGCUCACACUAAUUGUCGUGGUGAGCGUCAGCCUGGCCACGGAGAAACCCACAGAAGAACAGGUAAGUCGGCUGACCUGGUUCACGAGGUUUGAUCCUGUAAAGAGCACUGAGGCCGAUAAGGAGGAUGGAACCCUUUCUAUCGCUAAUGGCUUAGAAAAGGAGAAAAGUCGUGGAAAUGUGACAGAGCCCACAAAUGGCUCGAGUACACGCCAUGCUGAGACACCCUCCAGGCUAAAGUCCGCUCUGCUCUGGCUGUGUGGGAUGGAGCAGAAUCCCGAAAGACAGCAGCCCCCUCCAGCGCCUGAGGCCGCUGUGUGCUCCCUCGAGGAAGAGCCGUGUCUGCGGCAUGUGGUAAAUGCCAACCUCGUUGUCUGCCUGUCAGUGGCAGUGUUUCUGUUUGCCUACUGGGCAUGACAGGCCUUGAGUCUUAAUAUCUCAAGGAAAGAGACAGUAAUGAUCUUUUGAAGUAUGCUCAGUAUUUUGUGUUUCUUAAGUUAUCAAGUAAUUAAUCACCUAACAAUUUACAUCUGGUUUACAUAGGUUAUGCCUAUUUUAUUUACGCAGAUGAAACAAUUAUAAAACCUUUUUUUUUUUUUUUUACAAGCCUCAUACUCCACAAUAAUGUGGGCAGUACUUUCACUUAUUAUCGAAUUUAUUCUCUUCACAGAAAAAAAAAUAUAUAAACUCUACCAUUUACUAUCCAAUAAAUGCUUUCACAAAACUCGAAAAGUA